AUGUAUUCUCUCGGCAUCCUUUGCGGUUUGCUUUUUGCUACCGCAUCGGCAGGGACAUCUUGUGACAGCCUCCCAAUAGUUGAUUUGGGUUACGAGAUCUAUCAAGCCACUGCAUUUAAUGAAACGGGACAGUACUACAACUUUUCUAAUAUUCGUUAUGCCCGGGCUCCAACUGGGGAGCUUCGUUUUGCUCCGCCUCAGCCACCAUUAAAAAACCGUACUGCGGUGCAACGAGGAGACCGUGCGAUUUCUUGCCCUCAAGCUUAUGCCAUCUGGUAUCGUUGUGGGUUAGAGAUGCUAUCCCAUCAAAUCAACGACCCUUCGCAAUGCAACUCGAGUAUCCUCCCACCGGCAGAACCGAGUGAACAGGAGGACUGUCUAUUCCUUGAUGUCAUGGUUCCCAAAUCAGUGUUUCGCAAUAAGAAUACACGAAAGGCUCCAGUGAUCGUGUGGAUAUAUGGUGGCGGUUUUGCUUUUGGAAAAAAGGGCGGUGAUGGCAAUGCCGCCGGGCUCAUCCAGAGGAGCAGGUCGGUUGACUCAACCGGACAAGGGGUCAUCUACAUCCAGUUCAACUACCGGGGUGGUGCCUUUGGUUUUUUGCCAGGUGCUGUGGAAGAGAACGGAGCUGCAAAUGCUGGCCUUCGCGACCAACGACUCCUGCUGGAAUGGGUUCAAAACAACAUCCAUUUAUUCGGUGGCGAUUCUAAACAAGUCACUGUGUUCGGCCAGUCUGCUGGCGGUGGUUCUAUUAUGCACCAGCUUACCGCGUAUGGUGGUCUCAAGCCCUCUCUUUUCCGCCGGGCCAUUCUGCAAUCACCAGGGUUUCCAUUGAUUCCGAGUCGCUAUCAGCAAAAUGAGUUGCUUCAAAACUACCUUGCAAGGUUGAACGUCUCUUCGGUAGCUGAGGCUCGACGUGUUCCUUUUGAAGUUCUGCAACAGGCUAAUCUUGAUAUUGUGGCCCAGUCUGACCAAGGUACUUUCACUUGGGCACCGGUUCCGGACGGUUCAUUUGUGCCAUCUCUUCCAGGUGCCUUGCUAUCUCAAGGAGCAUAUGAUAAAUCUGUUCAAAUAAUGACGGGAUUUAAUGCUCAUGAAACUCUAGAAUUCGUGUCGCAAGCCAACGUCAACAACUCAGUCUACCUCCAGUCACUAGAAACAACGUUCCCAACGGCUCCUCGAUCCGUUAUAAACUAUAUCUCGGAUACGUUGUAUCCUCCACUAUUCAACGGUACCCUUCCGUAUGACGAUUUCUUUACUCGUGCUCAGCUUUCGCUAGCCGAGGCAGCAUUCACUUGUAAUACCAGGUAUCUCCAGACGGCGGUUCGAGAACACUUUGCCACGUACGGAUACAGAUUCAGCAUUCCUCCCGCGUAUCAUGGCCAGGAUGUUCCUUACACAUUCUUCAACGGACCCAAUGACCAGUUUGUAUCUAAUGAGACAAUUGCCAAUGCAAUGCAGUCAUAUAUCCUGUCAUUCGCUAUCACUGGAGAUCCCAACCGGAAUGCAUUGGUCAAAAUGCCCAUAUACGGCGAGCGGAAUCAGAUACUGGACCUCAAUGUUACUGGAAUCCAGCAAAUCACAGAUCCUAAUAACAAUGAGCGAUGUAGAUGGUGGCAGAAAGCUUUAUUUUAUUAG